GCAGCAGAUAAGAGGCUGUCCGCAAUUGUUCAAGCGGAGUGAACCUGCUGCUCAGCCUCACCACAUAACACGCCCUCACAGAGCUGCUGCUGACAGCCCCCCUCCCCCGAGGUGAGGGUGUCCGGAGGAGCUUCGUUCAAGAGUGCCGCUGGGAGCAGAUGGGCAUCCCGCGGGGCUCGGUAGAGAGGAGUCGGAGCAUUACUCCUGGCUGAGCGGCACCAUGGGUAGGAAGACUUGGUGCUGGGUUUUCAAUUUUUUCAUGUGCCUUGGAGUGUUUUAUCUGAACAUCGGGUGAGUUAAGGGGUGUGAUCCAGGGGUCUGUCGUCGGUGGUUGCACUGGGAGCAAGCAUCAUCUGUAAUAAAAUCCCCGGCCUGGCCCCCCGUCAGCGGACUAUAUGUCAGAGCAGACCCGACGCCAUAGUCGUGAUCGGGGAGGGGGUGCAAAUGGGGAUCAAUGAGUGCCAGUUUCAGUUCCGACACGGCCGCUGGAACUGCUCGGCACUGGCUGAGAGGACAGUGUUCGGAAAGGAGCUCAGAGUAGGCAGUAAGGAGGCUGCUUUCACCUACGCUGUCAUUGCUGCUGGUGUGGCUCAAGCAGUGACUGCGGCCUGCACCCAGGGAAGCCUGAGCGGUUGUGGUUGCAACAAGGAGAAGCAGGGUCUUUACAACCAGGGGGAUGGCUGGAAGUGGGGUGGCUGCUCUGCAGAUGCUCAAUAUGGCCUGGAUUUCUCUAAGGUGUUUGUGGACGCACGGGAGAUUAAGCAAAAUGCAAGGACGCUCAUGAAUUUACAUAACAAUGAAGUGGGACGCAAGCACCUGGAGAAGAACAUGCAUCUGGAGUGCAAGUGCCACGGUGUGUCUGGAUCCUGCACCACCAAGACUUGCUGGACGACACUCCCUAAGUUCCGUCAGCUGGGAUACAUGCUCAAAGACAAAUACAACAAGGCUGUGCAUGUGGAGCCUGUACGAACCAGCCGCAAAAAGCAGCCCACUUUUUUAAAGAUAAAAAAACCCCACUCUUAUCGUAAGCCCAUGGCCACAGAACUGGUUUACAUUGAGAGGUCACCCAACUACUGCGAAGCUGACCCUCUGACCGGCAGUUUGGGAACACAGGACCGCCUCUGCAACAACACGGCUCAGCAUCCCAACAGCUGCGACCUCAUGUGCUGUGGACGAGGAUAUAACACACACCAGUACUCGCGUGUAUGGCAGUGCAACUGCAAAUUCCUGUGGUGCUGCUAUGUGAAAUGCAACACCUGCAGUGAGAGGACAGAGGUGUACACCUGUAAAUAGAAAUAUGUAUUGGAUGUUUGUCUAAACAACACAAUGUAUUUCAGAAGAAGUGUUCUCUGUGGUUGAUACACAUGUGCUGAUUUACUACCUUGUGGACUCGGCAUUGCAAAAAUCUCCAAAACCAGUGCCUCUAUUGUGUGGCUUAUAUUAUUCUGAUACCAAUGGACAUUUGCCACUACAGUGUAUCAAUGUGCUUUGCUAUGUUAUCAUUUGAAUGCCCUUUCAAGCCCCAGGCGUGUCUUCUCUGCAGUGUAGUCAUGCCAUAUUGGCAUUAUUCUCCUAAAACAGGGAUUGCCUUUUUUCAAAAUGAUUAUAGAAAAACUACUGAUGAUUUAGAAUUGUUAUUGUUAACUAGAAAAUUCUGAGACAUUUUGACUGUGACUGAAACUUGGGUGCGCGUCUCGAUGCUAACAUCACCCCCGCUGAGUAAUAAUUAAUAGCAUUAGAUGUUUUGUUAAGGUACAACAAAGAAUAUCCAGAAAUACAAAAAUAAAAACAUAUAUGUAUUACUGUUAAAAUCUGAAUAAACUUUAAUUACAUUUUACCUUGUUUUCCCAGGCUUUUAAGAAACAGUUAGACAACUUAAAUACAUCAAAACUAAACAACUAUUUCAAUUUUUCCAAUCUGUAGCCCCAGCAUUGUUCAGGGCUGGAUAUAGUUAACAGGUGUGUUCAAAAAUCAAAGUGUUUCCACGUCAAUGCUCUGCCAGUAAAUGAGAAACCGCCUGUCAGAGAAUGUAUUGACAAUAUUGUGCUGCAUUAUUGCUUCUAAGUAAAAGACUCUAACUCCAAUCACCUAAUUAUCCUACCCAGACUAUUUAGGGUACCAGAUGAACACACCUGAUGACUCUCGUGUUUGCUAUAUGUGUAAGUCCGUUUGAUUAAAUGAGCAUAUCGGUGCGACCGUGAUACAUUUCUCUACAUUAUGAUCAUCAAAUUAUGUAUGAAGAGUGAAAAUUGUGGCCGGCCGAGCAACAGCUCUUCUAUCCUCUAGCCGCGGUGUAACCCACUCUUAAGUCUUAAGGAGCUCUUCCGUACACACCCAUUAUAACAUUUUCACAAAACGUAAGCUGCGACUACGGGAGAACCAUACUAGUUAUCAAAAAAUACCCAAUUAAUCUAAGUCCAUAGUCUCAAGAACUGUUUAAACUUGUAAUUUUUGUUCUUUGUUAAAUUAGGCGGAAUCUGUAUGGAUUCAAAGUGAGUUAUUUUGGGACUCUGUUCAAAUAGAUUUCCCUUUCAUUCCUAUGCGCGAAAAUUGCUUCUCUAAUAAAAGACAUAGCACAUCGAUCCCGGUCAUUUUGCACGUUUUGAUGUGUUUUUUGUGUGUUUCGUGUCAAUGCUGCCGGACAUGUAGCAAAUAAACAUUUGUGGUGGAAAAAGGAGACUAAGAUGAUAUAAGUAUGUUGACUACUAGAGUAUGUGGCUUCGCAAGUCACACAAUAAAAUCUGGUAAUGUUUGAAGUUGUUGUAACAAGAAAACGUAUACACUGGAACUAAAAACUGAAAUUCUUCAGUGUGUUGUAUGUGCAUUGCGCAUGGAAAAAAAACAUUCAACUACUACUCCUGGUAAAUUAUGAUAUUGUUCUCGUUUCUGUCCCCCAUCCCCACUCACAUGUU